AUGGAGGAUUUCAACAACAACUCCUCAGAAAGGGGAUCCUCUGAGCGUCCAGCAUCGCGGCGGGGUGUUGGCUCGAAUCGAAAUGACCCAAGUAUGAAUAUCAAUAACGAUUCCUCAACUUCUAGUCCAGCACCGAUAAUAAGACCGGGAACCGCAAUGAAACCACCUUCUGCAAGGCGUAGCGGAACGGCUAGCCGUUUGGCGGCUCACAAUGUCAUAGCGAUAAGUUCUACGACAUCGCAACGAAUUGGAACGGCAUUGGGAAGCGUAGGAAAUCGAAUGACUGAUAGACCUAUUACGCAGCAUGGCAUUAGUGGGCUUUCAACUUCUUAUGGGCGUCUGGGGACAACUACCGGAGCGAAUCGUCAGAUUAAAGACAAAAGGUAUUGGCAAGCAUUGCUGCAAAGUAAAAUUCAAGAAAUCAAUCAAGAAACUGAUAAGCUCAUGAAAGAGAAAAAAAUUCUCGAUCGUGAACGAUCUGCCCGUAAACUCUACGAAAAACGGGUAAAAGAAGCGGCCAAAGAGCUAACAAACCUGCAGUCGACUCUCACAUCUAUGAAUUUGUCACUGGACAACUUUAGCUCUGGCAUGACCAGACAGCAUUUAUUAAACGAAACUGCGGCCCUACGGGAACGCAAUGAGCACGUGCAGGAACAGCUGGAGCUGAUUUUCAAGCAGCGUCAGCUGAAGGAUUCGGAAAAUCGUGAUUUGGAGAAGGAAACGGAGAAAGAGAAAAAUAAGGUCAACGAAAUGAUCAAUUCACUGCCAGACGAUGGCCAACGCAAGUAUCGUGAGCUGCAAGCGUUGUCCGAAAGUCUUCGAAAGCAGAACACUCUCUACCACAGCCAAAUCAGUGAAAUAGAGAAGCAAAAGGAGCGGCUCACAACGUUAAUUAUGAACUCACAAACCAGAUCCGAUGCACACCGAUUGAAAUCCAAGUUGAAAGAGUUAGUGUCCAAAAGAAAUGCGAUGCGGGAUGAGGAAAACAAUCGUCUUUCGCCGGCACAAGAACGCGAAAAGUUAAUCAACGAAGUACGCUCAAACAACCAGAGCCUGGCCAGCAUUGGAAAGCAACAGAAGAUCAUCGAAGAUCAACUCAAUGAGAAAAAGGAAAUGUUACAGCAGGUCGAACAGGAUCUCGAAGAGGGCAACUCGGAACGGCACAUAAAAUACAAGGAGCUAAAGAAGCGCGACGAAGUCAUGUCGACCUUCAUGGAUAGUUUCAAAAGAAAUAUGGAACUGGAGAAAAAUAAUGUUGAAAAAUUGAAAAAUCAAAUAACCUAUGCCAUUGAGCAAAUUACCCUUCAAGGAAUCAACAUGAAGAAUUUAAACGAAGACAAACUUGAUGGAAGUGGAUUCAUCUCAAAGAAUGAUCUAAACUCUCAUUCGGGUUUAAUUAAGGAGUAUAAAAAGUUGGGUAUUCAUUUGAAACAAUUGCAGAUACUCGAAAAUCGUACCCUGCAGCAGGUCAAUACACUUCGACAGGAAGAAACAGAUGUCCUCAGUAGCAUUCAAAGAUAUUCCAAUUUGGAGGUUCCGCGUUCCGAGGCGAUCGUCAAAAUGAAUGAGCUUACUUCGGUGUUGCAACAGCUGGACGAUAAGAAACGUGUAACCGAUAACGUCGUCGAGGAAGCACGCAACAGAAAUCAAGAGAUUAAAAUCAAUCUCAAGAGCAAUGAAACUUAUCGUCAAAUUUCACAUCUAGAAGAUAAACUAGUUGAUUUGAUGAAAGGCAAUAAGACACUCCAAGAAGACGUGGAACAAAUGGAGCAGGACCACAAUUAUUCUACAAUGCGCUCCGAGGCGAACAAACUGGUAGAUCAACAUAACCAAAUGCUGUGCACAGAAUUAGAAGGUGGAGUUAUCCGUUUGAUGUAAGAUCAAAUUAUCUUUCUUUGCAAUGACCUUUUCAAUUUAUGGCAAUUUAACUGAAUAUAUACAUACCGCAUGUCGACAGCGUAAAU